CGGGGGGGACACCGAGGACAGAGUAGCCUGCACGCCGAGAGGAGGGGGCUGGAGGGCCCGGCCGUUUGGCCACAGCACCCCCGGACGAGCUAGCUUGUCCCCGCGCGGCUAAGUGAAUGGGAUGGAGCCGGGACCGUCUGGUGCUGUGCCCAUGGGGGUCUUUCCCCCACCCCUGCAGCAGGUGUUUCAUGCUCCCCGCAGACCAGGCAUGGGUACAGUGGGCAAGCCCAUCAAGCUGCUGGCCAACUACUUCGAGGUGGAGAUCCCAAAGAUGGACGUCUACCACUAUGAGGUGGACAUUAAGCCCGACAAGUGCCCCAGACGAGUCAACAGGGAGGUGGUGGAAUACAUGGUCCAACACUUCAAGCCCCAGCUCUUUGGUGACAGGAAGCCAGUGUAUGAUGGAAAGAAGAACAUCUACACAGUGCUAGCGCUACCUAUUGGGAGUGAGAAGGUGGAUUUUGAGGUAACCAUUCCCGGAGAGGGUAAAGACCGAAUUUUCAAGGUGUCCAUCCGUUGGCUGGCCAGGGUGUCAUGGCGCCUGCUUCAGGAGACUCUGGUCAGUGGCCGUCUCCAAGUCCCCCUCGACUCAGUUCAAGCCCUCGACGUUGCCAUGCGUCACCUUGCCUCUAUGAGGUACACUCCUGUGGGUCGUUCAUUUUUCUCACCACCUGAGGGAUACUAUCACCCCCUUGGUGGAGGCAGAGAAGUCUGGUUUGGCUUUCACCAGUCUGUGCGCCCUGCCAUGUGGAAGAUGAUGCUUAACAUUGAUGUGUCUGCCACGGCCUUCUACAAAGCCCAGCCGGUAAUUGAGUUCAUGUGUGAGGUUUUGGACAUUCGUAACAUUGAUGAGCAGCCCAAAACACUUACUGACUCACAAAGGGUCCGCUUCACAAAGGAGAUUAAAGGCCUGAAGGUGGAGGUAACCCACUGUGGCCAAAUGAAGAGGAAGUAUCGUGUAUGCAAUGUCACUCGACGUCCUGCGAGCCACCAGACGUUCCCUCUCCAGCUUGAAAGUGGGCAGACAGUAGAAUGUACAGUGGCCCAGUACUUCAAGCAGAAGUACAGCCUGCAGCUGAAAUACCCCCACUUACCCUGUCUUCAGGUGGGCCAGGAGCAAAAGCACACCUACCUGCCCCUGGAGGUGUGUAACAUUGUAGCAGGUCAAAGAUGCAUCAAAAAGCUGACAGAUAAUCAGACCUCCACUAUGAUCAAAGCCACAGCACGCUCUGCACCCGACAGGCAAGAGGAGAUCAGCAGGCUGAUGAAGAAUGCUAACUUCAAUCUGGACCCAUACAUCCAAGAGUUUGGGAUCAAGGUGAAAGAUGACAUGGCCGAGGUGACGGGGAGGGUGCUUCCAGCCCCAAUUCUGCAGUAUGGAGGACGGAACCGUGCCAUAGCGACCCCUAACCAGGGCGUGUGGGACAUGAGGGGCAAGCAGUUUUAUAAUGGCAUUGAAAUCAAAGUGUGGGCUAUUGCCUGCUUUGCUCCUCAGAAACAAUGCAGAGAAGAGGUGCUUAAGAACUUUACAGACCAGCUGCGUAAAAUCUCCAAGGAUGCUGGGAUGCCAAUUCAGGGCCAGCCAUGUUUCUGUAAAUACGCCCAGGGAGCGGACAGUGUGGAGCCCAUGUUCAGACACCUGAAGAACACUUACUCUGGACUGCAGCUCAUCAUCGUUAUCCUGCCAGGAAAAACUCCUGUAUACGCGGAGGUAAAGCGUGUUGGAGACACUCUCUUGGGCAUGGCUACGCAGUGUGUCCAGGUGAAGAACGUGGUGAAGACGUCACCUCAGACCCUCUCAAACCUCUGCCUCAAGAUCAAUGUCAAGCUAGGAGGCAUCAACAACAUCUUGGUGCCUCACCAAAGGUCAGCAGUAUUCCAACAGCCAGUUAUCUUCCUGGGAGCAGAUGUCACGCAUCCCCCUGCUGGAGAUGGCAAGAAGCCCUCUAUUACUGCAGUGGUAGGCAGUAUGGAUGCUCAUCCCAGCAGAUACUGUGCCACAGUGCGAGUUCAGAGGCCCAGGCAGGAAAUCAUUGAAGAUUUGUCUUACAUGGUGCGUGAACUGCUAAUUCAGUUUUACAAGUCCACCCGCUUCAAACCAACCAGGAUCAUUUUCUACAGAGAUGGAGUUCCUGAAGGACAGCUGCCACAGAUUCUCCACUACGAGCUGCUGGCCAUCAGAGACGCAUGCAUCAAACUGGAGAAAGACUAUCAGCCGGGCAUCACCUACAUUGUUGUCCAGAAGCGUCACCACACGCGUCUCUUUUGUGCUGACAAGUCUGAAAGAAUUGGGAAGAGCGGCAAUAUUCCAGCAGGGACAACAGUGGACACCAGCAUCACCCAUCCCUUUGAGUUUGAUUUUUAUCUGUGCAGCCACGCAGGGAUACAGGGUACCAGCCGUCCAUCUCAUUACUACGUCCUGUGGGACGACAAUCGCUUCACUGCUGAUGAGCUGCAGAUUCUAACCUACCAGUUGUGCCACACUUAUGUGCGUUGUACCCGCUCAGUCUCCAUCCCUGCUCCAGCCUACUAUGCUCGUCUUGUGGCCUUCCGCGCACGUUACCAUCUGGUGGAUAAAGAACAUGACAGUGGUGAGGGCAGCCAUGUUUCUGGUCAGAGUAAUGGUAGGGAUCCCCAGGCACUGGCCAAAGCUGUCCAGAUUCACCAUGAUACCCUGAGGACCAUGUACUUCGCCUGAGCUACAUCAGCCUCCACCGCCAUCAUCAUGUCCUUCCACCUCAUUUCUACCUGAGUGGGCAAAUUACCCGCCAACACCACCUCAUCCCAAUUCCUUAUUCCCAAUGACUUCCCACUACACAAUCUCCACAGUCCAACCAGUGAGUUAACCCAAAUACAAGAGACGUCACCUGUAAAACAAAAGCAGACUCUACAGCCUCAUGCACUCAAAAGGUUAUGAAUAUUGUCAUUUUGUUGUUUUUACUUUGGUAGGACUGUUGCUCUUUUUAUGUUUCAUUUUUAAAACAUGGUUAUUGUUAUGUAAUUGUAUUGUUAUGCUACCUUCACACUCCUUUAUAUGUAAGUAUGCAAUACGGAUGGGAAGGAAAAAGGUGAUAAUAGAAAAAAAUUGUAAGACUUUUAACUGCCGUCACAAUGCUGCCUCUUUGCCAUCUGAAUGCCAGACACCAGUGUUCCAAGCCCCUUGGUAUGGAGUCAUCCUCAGGGGUGGUCCUGGGCAUGCACACUUACAUGUAUUAUUUUAAUGUUGUCAUUUUUUUUGUUUUGUAUGUUUUUGUUUUUGAAACAGCCUUGAGGAGUCUGAGGUAUGGUACAUUAGCACUUAGUGAUAGCACGUAGGCUGCACCAGUCCUGCACAAGAGGUCGUUAGCACACGUGAAGCUAGCACCUUCUGCUCUUUAUGUUAGAGUUCAAGAAACUGCAUAUGUAACAUACUGUAGAUACAGGAGAAUCGUGCUGCCGCACUCUGUGCAGGUUAGCCAGUCCCUUAGAGAAUUAGCCCAUAGAGGCAAGUUUAGCAUUACAGAGGGACCAUUUGUAAAGCGUGUAUCAAAUGUACUUGCACCCCAUGCACCUAAACCAGCAUUAUUAACCAGCCAAAAGUGAUGCCAACCAAUAGAAAAGGGGCACUUAAGCAGAAAGAUAAUCUUAUUUCUGUAUGCAUUGCUCUUUUAGGAUUUGAGGCACUUUUUAUUUUCUUAAUGAUUUAUUUCAAAAUGGUGAUCGGUUUGUCCUGAAGCAUAACAGGCAGACUUUGAAGUUUUCACACCCACACUAGCAUAGCUUUCAGAACAAAGAGAUAACUAAGGCAAUAGUCGAGGUCAACACUCCAGUAGGAUUGAAUGCAGUCAAAUGUACGUCUGCGAUCACUUAAGUGCUGCAAAGCUGAACUGUCACUCAGCAAUUGACCUUGCUCUAAUCAUUCUGCACAUUCCAAAAUAAAGUGCCACACCAAGCACUACCAACUUCUAUCCACGCACUUAUCUGCAUGCAGACCUAUCCUACACGUGACGCCCUUUGUUCACAAAAGCUCUUUGCUCAGACACAACAUGCAGGCAUUCGCACCAGACAGCACAAGCACACACGUCUCUGCCAUUGUUGCAUGCUGAGACCAUCUUCCUCAAUGCACUUGUUCCCUUAUUUCACUGAAAGCCAAACUGCUCUGUUCUCACCGUUUGAACAUUGUGUACCUGCCACAACCCCCUACACUGUGUUAGCCAAUCCCCAUUGGUGCUCUGAGUGCAUGGGCAGCACAGAUUAGGGUGGGCCAGUUAUUUCUGCCUUUUCAUCGAGUCACUUUCUGGGUUUGUGUGUGUGGGUGGGUUGGGUUGGGGUUGGGGGGGGUGAAACGCAUGUAAAUUUUUUUUUUUUUUUUUUUUAUGACUGGAUAUCCUGAGCCACCUUAUUUUGGUUUUCUUAGAGGUCAGAGCCUUGUGCUAAACGCUGCCUGUCUAUUAUUUUGCCUCGAUUGUGUAAUGUCAAUUCCUGUUUUUUUUUUCCCUCCCCUCAUUUUUGUUGUUGUUAUUGUUGUUAUUAUUAUAUUGUGGCUUGUUUCAGAGAGUAUCCUCAAGAGGGCACUGUAGGGAGAGUCUCAAAUUUCACCUCAGUUGCCCUUUAAGCGCCUCAAUCUUGUCUGGAUCAAGCCCCUUUUGAGCCGAAAGGGAACAAAAGAUAGAUAUCAGACAAGUUUGAUUUUUAAAUCAUGUUUAUGACGUUUCAUAAUCACAAUGCCUUUGUACACUGUUUUACUGAUCCUUCAUUGUGUCCGAGGUGAUUUGUAAAUAUAUA